GAAAAGAAUUACGAUAUAUGGCAUUGAUAUAGCACCGCCAUUUCUCCGAAUUUGCCUUUUUAUUCAUGAGGAUAUAUGCCACGCCUCUCCCCGCGGCUUCUUUUACAUGCACGAAAGCUUGACCCUCUGCUAUGUCUCCUCAUUCGUCCAUGUCGAGACAUAGCUUCGGCCCGCAAUGAGUUACGCUGGCUAAAGGAACAUGCUAUUGCUACUGUAAGGUCUGAUGGGAUUGAGAGAACGGCUGUCGGAUGGCGGACUUUGCUUUCAAGAUACUGCGAGGAAAGAGCGCGCGGCAAGCCGCUACAAUAUAUACUGGGAAAUCAACCAUUUGGUGAAGUUGAAAUUCUGUGCCGCCCGGGCGUGCUAAUUCCAAGACAUGAGACAGAAGCAUGUGUUAUGCACCUUGCGAACAAUGUCUUAGAAAAAGAAAAUGCAGACCGGGAAAUUAAGAUUCUCGAUUUAUGUACGGGCACUGGAUGCAUUCCGCUUCUAAUGCAUUCAAUGCUGUCAAAGAAAUUCCUCCAGCUCAAAAUUUUCGGCGUCGAUAUUUCCGCAAAAGCAAUUAGACUGUCAAACGACAAUCUGGAAUGGAAUAUACGGCAAGGCUACCUUGACCCUGUAGCGCGUGAGCAGAUCAGAUUUAUAGAAGCGGACGUAUUUGCCGAAAGCUUUUAUGAGAGAUUGAAGGCGGAGGCGGAGAGUGCAACCAAUUCCUGGGAUUUUAUUAUCUCGAACCCUCCGUACAUUUCCCCUAAAGGAUUUGAUAGGGAUACUUCUGCUUCAGUAAGGAACUAUGAGCCCCGGCUCGCCUUGGUGCCAGAGCGCAGCAUAAGACGAUCAACAGAGCAAGGCAAUGAAGAUGAUCUAGUAGGGGAUCUCUUCUACCCUCGACUCUAUGAGAUUGCAGACAAAGUCCAUGCGCGUGGCGUACUGUUCGAGGUAGGGGACUUGGAUCAAGCUUCUCGAGCAGCAAGGGUUGCCUGUGAGAGUCCAGCCUGGACUCGAGUGGAAAUCUGGAAAGAUUUUCCUGAUCUAGAUCUCGACAUUAUAGAUCAGAGUACGCCAAUGCUGAAUGUGGCCGGGACACAGAUUGUGCUGAGAGGGCAAGGCAAUGGUCGGGCCGUUUAUUGCAGGAGAUAGGACAGUUGUGCUCUUAUUAUAAUUAUUCGACUUGAUAUAGAACCCUUCGACUCCGGAUUACAACGAAGAAAUGAAACAUCAUAAUUCCUGAUGAUAUAUUCGGUAUUUUACAAAUCUACCAUCUAACUAUCUGGGUAUCAUGCACGUUACCACGAAAGGUUCAAGAAUGAAACAUUGUCGCUUUUUAUAUAAUCGCUCAUGUCUUUUUCCAUCUCCAAAACUUCCAUGUUCGCGCUCCAC